AAGAAACUAAAACUAUUUCGCUGGACUUCCCCUUAAAUUAGUUUAAAGCCCUAUUCUGAUGGAACUUAUUUAUCUUGGGGACCUGUAGUCAGAGUUCAGUAAAUAUUAUGUGCUGUGAGAUCACCCACAUUGGUGUUUAAAAUGAAGGAUGACAGAGAAGCUACCUUGACAUACGACACACUUCGGUUUGGUGAGUUUGAAGAUUUUCCUGAGACCUCAGAGCCUGUGUGGAUCUUAGGAAAACAAUACAAUGCACUCACAGAGAAAGACAACAUUUUAUCAGAUGUCACUUCGCGACUGUGGUUCACAUACAGAAAAAACUUCCCACCAAUUGGUGGGACAGGGCCGACAUCAGAUACAGGAUGGGGGUGCAUGUUGCGAUGUGGCCAGAUGAUCCUCGGCGAGGCCUUGGUGUGCAGACAUUUAGGCAGAGACUGGAGAUGGGCCAGAGACAAGAAACAAAGAGAAGAGUACAUCAGCAUUCUCAACGCCUUCAUUGACAAAAAAGACAGCUAUUAUUCCAUCCAUCAAAUCGCCCAAAUGGGAGUUGGAGAGGGGAAGCCAAUAGGCCAGUGGUAUGGACCAAACACAGUCGCCCAGGUUCUCAAGAAGUUGGCGGUGUUUGAUACGUGGAGCAGAUUAGUGGUGCACGUGGCGAUGGACAACACCGUGGUCAUCGAGGAGAUCAAGCGUCUCUGUAUGCCCUGGCUGGACUUUGCAGGAGCCAGUGCUGAACCAGAGGGAGCGGGUGAACUCAACGGCUGCCUGGAGGGAGCAUGUGCCCUGGCUGAGGAGGAGACGGCUCUCUGGAAACCUCUGGUCCUGCUCAUCCCCCUCAGGCUGGGCCUGAGUGAUAUAAACGAGGCCUACAUUGAAACCCUCAAGCAAUGCUUCAUGCUGCCUCAGUCCCUGGGUGUUAUUGGGGGAAAACCCAACAGUGCCCAUUACUUCAUUGGUUAUGUCGGAGAGGAACUCAUUUAUUUAGACCCACACACCACUCAGCCUGCAGUGGAGCCCUGUGAAGAUGGCCAGGUCCCGGAUGAGACGUACCAUUGUCAGCACCCACCCUGUCGCAUGCACAUCUGUGAACUGGACCCAUCCAUUGCAGCGGGUUUCUUCUGCAGAACAGAGGACGAGUUUGACGACUGGUGUAUGCGCAUAAGAAGGCUGUCCUGCAACAGAGGAGGCCUGCCCAUGUUCGAACUAGUAGACAGUCAGCCCUCUCACAUGGUCAGCGUGGAUGCCCUUAACCUUACUCCUGACGCUCACUUCACAGAUUUCUCGGACUCGGACAGGUUGGAGCGGUUCUUUGAUUCAGAAGAUGAAGAGUUUGAGAUCCUUUCCCUGUGAGGAACAAAGACAAUGCUUUACUGUUCACGACAGUUGGGCGAGAGAUUCUCGGUCUCUUCUCUGUAUCAGAAGGGAAGCCUGAGGGGGAUGAACAUUAAUUGGAGACCUCUUGAGCCAGUCCAGCUCCAAUGGUGUAGUCAGUGUGUGUCACACAGCGUUCUUCUCAACAGCCACUGAAUGCUCUCUGUAUCCAACGUUGAGACUGCCUGGUGGAAGCCGUAGCAGGAGCUCAGGAUAAAUUCAUAUGCACAUUUUCACAUACAUGUGUUUCCAUUUGAGUCUUAACACUUUAAAUGUUUAUUCUGAAGUGAUAUGGUGCCUUUCCCUGACUCCAUAAGUAAAAUUGCCAUAA